AAUCUUAUUUCCAUUCAUUGUAUCAAAUAACUCUUUAAGACAUGGCUAGCUAUGUCUGGUGGUGGCGAUUGAUGGUAGUGAUUAUCGGUUCUGUAUUAAUGCAGAAUCCGGUUUUUUCGCAGCCACAAACAAACUUGUUAGGCAGAGGAUGCAGUCAAUACAAUGCAACAAAUUUACCUGAUUUCUUCAGAAGGCUUAAUGCUAGUUUUGUUGAUCUAAGGAAUCAAUUGUCUAAUCAAGACAAACGAUUCGCCACGACACAACAGGCUGUUUAUGCUAUGAUUGAAUGCAGAAAGUAUUUGUCAAGAGCUGAUUGUGUGUCCUGUUAUGAUUCUGCUGUUUCUCUCAUCAGAACUUGCUCUGGCGCGAACGGUGCUCGUGUUACUUAUGAUGGUUGCUUCCUCAGGUACGAGAGCAACAACUUCUACCAAGACACUACACAACCAGGAAAUGCUGAGAUCUGUGGGAACCGAACAUCUUCUCAAUCGAAUGCUUUAAGCCCCGUGGCACUACAACUCUUGAAUGAUCUUAGUACAGCAACUCCAAGAAUUAGUGAUUUCUUUGCAGCUACAAAGAGGGAAGCAUCCGGUGUUACUGUCUAUGGAGUAGCACAGUGUGCUGAAAGCAUAACAGAAAGUGGUUGCCAAGAUUGUUUGACAGUUGCAUAUAAGAACAUAGAAGGCUGUUUACCAAGAUAUGCAGAAGGAAGGGCUGUUGAUGCAGCAUGUUUUAUGAGGUUCUCGGAUAGAGCUUUUUUUGCUGAUAACUCGACAACUGAUAUCACACCAUAUCUUGGCGGAGGAGGAAGUUCAAACAAGAAGAAAGCCGCCAUUAUAGGGGGUGUCGCUGGAGGUGUAGGACUUCUUUUGAUUAUAUUGGCUGUUUUCCUAUGGUAUCGACUAUCAAGAAAGCCAAAGACAGCUGAGAGAGGUAAUAUACUGGGAGCAACUGAGUUAAGAGGCCCGGUGAGCUACAGCUUCAAGGACCUAAAAAUUGCUACCAAAGAUUUCAACGAAAGUAAUAAACUUGGUGAAGGCGGUUUUGGUGAUGUAUACAAGGGAACUUUGAAAAAUGGAAAUGUAGUAGCUGUUAAAAAACUAGCAAUCAUGUCAAGCAGAGCGAAAGCAGAUUUUGAGACUGAAGUUCGUCUUAUCAGUAAUGUCCAUCAUCGCAAUCUCAUCCGUCUCUUGGGAUGUUCUAACAAAGCAUCAGACCUACUACUUGUUUACGAAUACAUGGCAAAUGGAAGCCUCGAAAGAUACUUAUAUGGCGACAGACGAGGGAUGCUCAACUGGAAGCAAAGAUUCAAUAUAAUCUUUGGCACAGCUCGUGGCCUUGCAUACUUGCACGAGCAAUUCCACGUCUGCAUCAUCCAUCGAGAUAUAAAAUCCAGCAACAUUCUACUAGACGACGAAUUCCAGCCAAAGAUUGCUGAUUUUGGGCUUGUAAGACUUUUACCUGAGGAUCAAAGUCAUGUUAGCACUAAGUUUGCUGGGACCUUGGGAUAUACUGCACCAGAAUAUGCAAUUCAUGGACAUCUAACAGAGAAAGUUGACGUCUAUAGCUUUGGUGUUGUCGUUCUUGAAAUAAUCAGUGGACGGAGGAGCAACGAUAUGCAAAUCGAGCCUGUCACUGAAUAUCUCCUUGAACAGGCAUGGAAGCUUCACGAAACUGGAACGCCUGUAAAACUGGUGGACGAGACAUUAGACCCCAAUGAAUACAACGAACAAGAAGUGAAGAAAGUCAUAGAGAUCGCGUUAAUGUGCACACAGUCACCGGCAAAUCUUAGGCCAAGCAUGUCUGAAGUUGUUGUCAUGCUAUUAAGCGAUCGUAGCACAGAAUCAAGAGCACCAAGCAGGCCUACUAUCAUUAGCAUGGAUAAGAGUAAAGCAUUCGACGCAUCCAUGACUACAGGAUCAUCAGCGUCUACUGCAACCAACACUUUUAGUGAUUUCACCGGCCGCUAGUAUGUUGUAACAAACAACAACUACGCUUCUGUCCCAAACAAGUUGAGGUCUAGAGAUUAUGUUGGCCCCAUAAUGGUUCUUAAAUACUCAUGUUCACAUAAAUAGUAAAAAGAUGGAAGUACAAGAAAGAGUAGAACAUUUAUAUAAUUUUUUCCAAAUUGCUCUU